AUGAAAGACAUUAGCAGAAGGGGAUCAGUGAGCUCAACUGAACGAAAACAAGAAGCAGGAAGCAGCGCGGAAGACUGGAGUGUGGUCAGAAAGAAACUCGGAGAGUCCGUCAGGUGUCGCGGACACAUUGAUCGUCUUCUCAUGCGCCACGAAAUGCGGCAACUUCAGAAACUCGCGCGGGAAACCCAAUUUGCCAGAGGCGAGAUGAAAACUUUUUUCUCUCUCAGCUAGUCUUCAAUAAAAAAAAGUUUUAGAGAUUUCUCAGAUUUCUUUUGUGGCGCCAACAAAAAGUCUACACUCUCAACCUAUACUGCAGAACAGAUCUGAGAGAAGUCCGAUAUCAAUAGGCUCUACAUUCCAAACAUGAGCGAGAAAACCAAGAAUAUGGGAAACGUGCUGAGAUUUCAAAAGGACAUGAAAGGAAUCUCGUCAUCUAACAAAACAAUCUGUAAAAGAUUUGUCUCAAAAUCGAAAACCUCAACUUUUUCUUCUCAAAAAGAAACUCAAGCGAUGAGAAAACGCAAGAUACGAAUCGGGAGGUGAAAAAGGGUCGUUUGACUCGGACUUGAGGUUUUUUCUCAGCGGCACUCUUCCCUGCGAUUGAAGUCUACAACUUCAUUCACUCACUAUUCGACUCGAACUAAAAGUUGCAAAGAAGGAGAAACAAAGUUUUUGAUUCAGAAGCCAUCAAAAAACUCAGUAACCUUAUUUCAGUUACUAGCAAAAUUAAGGUUAAUAUGUUUUUUAUCGUUCAUAAUGAUAAUUUCAGAAAAGGAAUCGAAUAUUUUCUGCCAGCUUUCCAAAAUUGGCAAACUCUUGUGGUAUGCCAUAUAAUGUAUACCGUAUUUGUGUGUGGAAGGAUAAAGAUAUGAUCUUAUUUUGAAGCGAAGAAUAAAGAUUUUUUGAUCUUUUGCUUGAAACGAAGAUCGGUCUCCGUUUUGACAAACAGGUAUAGCCUAUUCCGCGCCAGCUUCUCACGUUUUUCUUUCCGCCAAAAGACCGUAUACCAAAUUAGAUAAAAUUUCAGAUUUUAUAACGGCAAGAAACAAAGGUCUUGAAGCGAAGUUGGUCAAAUUUGACCUGACCUUUUGGCGGAAAGAAAAACGUGACAAGCUGGCGCGGAAUGGCCUAUAACAUCUCUUUUUUUCUUUUUUUACUUCUUUCUCAUUCACUCAAUUUUUUUGAUCUUAAAAACUUUUUGAAAGAAAGAUUUAUGAUCUACAGGCUUCUCCAGUCGGAAAUCAGUCCCUAAAGUGGAAACGCCCUUUUCGGCAAACCUGAGAAAAAGCUUUUGUCUGUCGCUAAGCCUCCAUUCAACUCAAGAUUUCGAUAACUCUCCAUUAAAUUUGUGAUAAAAUAUUUCAUUUUUAAUCGAAGAUGAGUAAAACGCCCCCAGGGUCGAGCUUGAUCAACGCUUGCGUUACAUACCCCUUGAAGAAACAAUUUAUUUUCAAAAGGUUCCCGCAAAACCAACUCUCUUUCAGAGAUGGGCUUGCCAGAUAGACCGCAUAAAGUGUUUUUCAUUCAUUCAAAGAAAGCAAUAUCUUCUGCUGGACACUGAAGUCAGGCAGUUCCGGAAGGGAUCUUUGCCAUGGCGUUAUCGUUGGGCCGCAUCCCCGAAAGGCUACUUGGGCGUGGACAGGAAGGCGGCGAUCGAAGAGACGACGGUCAGACUUCCUGCCAUGAACUUCGUCCGUCGCUUCUCCUCCUUGUUGCUGCUCCUCUGCACUUUCGCUCUGCUCAUUGUAUUUGUCCUGCCUUUCUUUUUGCAGUUUGAAGGCCUCGUGUAAGACUUGAAAUAGUUGAACCAUUCAUUUCGCUCAAAAUUUUUUUCUUUAAAAAGAUGAAAUUUGUGUCCAUUCCAGAGUGCAUUCAAGUUUCGAAGAGGUAGUUGAGAUUUGCAGAUUUGCGAAAUCGGUUCUCGACUCAUUUUCUGGCAUCCGAGGCUCCGUCGAUGAGUGGGUCAGCCGAAGUUUACCACAGCCAUCGAUCGACUUCAGAGUUCGCGACGUGGACAAAUGGGUCCGCGGCGUGACCAGCACUCCUACCGCCCAAGGAUUGCCCAAAUCCGGCAAACUUUUCUGCUUCGUCGAGACCUCAUCCAAAUACUACGAUACGCGGGUUGGUCGUCUGUCAUUUUCGGUUAUCGCUUCAAAAUCUCCGACUUUAUCUUGUUCCUUGGCCACGGGUGAAACAUCGAAACAAGAGGAAAAAGCUACGUAAACACCUCAGCGAACAACGAAUAAAGCUUGGUCUUUUUCAGCCGAUAGUUUCUCAUUCAGACUGAAAUAAAUCAAAACUUAGAGAUUUGAGAGAUACUUUUAAAGUUUUCCUGAAUAUAAGGCUUAUCCAAGUUGAGAAUGAUCGGCGCGGCAAAAGUUUCGAGUGAAGCCGCUGAACAGAAAAAGCGUGAAGAGUUGUGACAGUCGCCGAUCAAGGUCCGCAGCCAGUUAUUCUGCAGGUGCCAGCAGUCUGGGCGACGUGGCUACCUCGAUGUGAGCACGGCCAGUUCUUCACGCCGACGCCUCUCAGCAACUCCAAAAUCCCCCACUCGACGGUCUACGCCAACCUCAAAGACACCUACGAGGACCUCUUCAAUAAGAGCAUCCUGUCCUUUUUUUACGCGUUCACCAAAAUCUCCGACAAAUUCGACUGGUACCUCAAGGUAAUUUUAAUCGUCACUCCCUAUUUUUCCAUUGCUGCGCAUUUCGUUCAGCUACAUAGAUCGACAAAUUUUUGCACAAAACGAAUAUUUUUUGAUCGGGAAAUUUGAAAGCCAAGUGAGACGGGUCCGAAAAACAAACAAUAAAAACAGUUAAGACUAAGAAAUCUCACAGGCCGACGACGACACGUACAUAAUUGUUGAGCAUCUCUACGAGUACCUGGAAACGCUCGAUCCCAAAAAGCCGUAUUACCUCGGAUACGUGCUCAAACCCUACUUUGUGAGUAAUCUGUUUUGAUUUGGAAAAAAGUUCGUUUUUUGGGGACUUCAGAACUUUCUGGAACAAUCAUUGAUGUACGAUAAUCAGAUUCUAAGAAAUUCAUUUUGCAUAACUAUUUGGUUUCUUUUUUCAAGAAAGAACUCUGUUUUUCAUCCUUGAAACGAUGCUGUAGGCUGGAACUUUGAAAAGUUCUCAUCAAAAUAUAGAAAGUUUAACUAUGCGUAUCUUACCGUGUUUUUUUACAUGUUGUACAGAAUCUUUGAAAAUUCAACUCCCAAUGAGACAUUUAUUGAGGUUGAUACCGCUCAACUUUGUUUAGAUGAAACAAAUCGUGUUACAAAUGAUACACUGAAAUCUAGAUUCCGUUUGAAAAGAAAGAACCACCUGAUUCAUGGCUUUCUUCAACCCCCGUCAGAAGAGAAAGAUCAAACUAAAGUUUAGCGAAGAGGAUACAACGGCGGAGGUGCGGGUUACAUUUUGUCCCGAGAAGCUGUACGGCGGUUCAUCGAGGGCGCUUUUCAUAACACGACCACCUGCCCCUGGGACAAGUUCGAGGACACUGGAAUGGCGAGGUAGGUCGUUUCCGAUCAGAUAGGCCCACCGGUUCCUUUGCAGAUGUCUGGAAUCUGUUGGAAUCACUCCUCACGACACCCGUGACGCCAAUGGACGUUCGCGCUUCAACACAUUUCGCGCCGAUGAGAUGUUCCAAGGCACUAUCGGCGCCGAGUGGCACUUCUACAAGCCUAUUCUCGUGGGUUAUCCAGAAUACAUGCCGAAAAAGUCUGCGGCAAAAUUCAUCUCACGACUAUCAUGAACGAGCAAAAGCUGCAGGUUGUGAGUUCAGGGAAGAAAUUGGGCUUCGCCGCAGCUGAUCUCCUUGCACCACAUGAGCUCCAACGACAUGUUGCUCUACGAUGACCUGCUCUAUCGAAUCCGACCGCCAGUGAUUUCUUCGAAACACGUCAUUCCAGAGACGGAAAAAAAUUCAUAG